AUGGCCCUGCGAGGGCUGGCUCUGGCCUUUCUCCUGGUCCUUGCCCCUCGGCUGCGUGCAGGGAUACAGAAGGACCCUGGCCCCAGGAACCAGGGGGAAGCCAAGGAAGCAGAAACGUGCCAAAGACCCCAGUGGGAUCCAAGACUCCGGCUGACACCAGACCAGGAGAAUUACAAGAAGAAUGAAGAAGUGAUGCUGAGCUGCCCUAAGGAUUUCCAGCCAUCCUUCACUCAUAUCAAAUGUUCAGGCGAAGUCCAGUCCAUCAGUCAUGGGAAAUCAGUAUACAGGGAAGCCUGGCGUGGAAGGGACAGCAGCGGUGCCUGGAUCCGCAUUCAGUCCAACGUGGAGUGCCUUGAUGUCCUCCAGGUUGUCUCUGAUUCCUUGGAGAUUUCCAGCACCAGCAUCAAACUGAACUGGACCUGCAGGCUCCCUGAUGCCUGUGAGCAUAUUCGGGCCAGGUGCCGUCUGGAAGCACAUUCCUCCCCUCCCUGUGAGUCUGAGGAGGUGAAGGGAGAGGAGAUGCUCCACGGCCAGGAGGGAACACUCACCUGUCCCCCUCUGCAGCCCUACACUGUCUACAGUGUCACCAUCUCCCUGGCCCCCAGCACGAUGCUGUACACACGGCUCCUCACAACAAAGGAAACAGUGCCGGACAAACCGAAGAAACUGUGGCUGGAUCCCAACACAGGGUCCCUCUCAUGGGAGCCACUGCCUUCAUGCAAAGGGAAGAUCAUCGGAUACCAGCUGAACAUCACGGCGAGGAGAGCGCAUGAUGGCAGCUUCCUUGAAUUCAAGCAGGUGAUGGUGAACCAGUCUGUCACUCAGUACACGCCGCCUCGUCAGGCACCUGGCAGCAAAUACACGGUGACAGUGCAGGGCCUCACGGUGGCUGGUGCUGGGUCUGCGUCACUCCUGGAAUUUCAGACCUACGUCUCAGGGCAGCAUCUGGGCUUGUGGCCAGGGAUGGUGGUGCCGGUGGUGGUGGUGGUGUUGGUGCUGGUCGCCCUGUCUGCAGGGAUCCUGUGGUUUGUGCUGUCCAGGAGAAGGAAGGCCUUGCCCAGCAAAGCCGAGGAGGACCAUUACACAGAGCUCCAGCCCUAUGAGAAUCUGGAUAAUUACUGUGUGGUCAAGGACACUCUUCUGACAGGAGAAAAUGCAGGUAAAGGUGUCCAGGCUGGGGAGACGUUUCCUCAGACCCUGGCUGUCUUGGAGUCCUCAGGAGACUCUCAGAGCAGUGUGGGAGAGGAGAAGAUGGGGUUGACGUCCCCGUCUCAGUACUGA